CAAUGCGGCCGAGACAGUAGUAGAUAACGUGGCCGUGUAUAACCCACUUUGUGUUUUAAACAAAAACAAAGAACUUCUUAUCUGUGAAUGCUUUGCACGUUAAUUAUAUACACACCCAACCGUAUAUAUGUGGAUACCAAUGCCAAUUGGUCACCGGUUUGAUUUCUCUGAUUUAGUGCUUUAAAAACGUUCAACUGCUUUGGUACUAACGACAUUUGAUUAUCUUUCUAUUAUAAUGGGUGGUUGUUGUAGUUCUAGUAAAUCGGUCGAUUUGCCAGCUGUGCCGCCAGCGCCAGCUAAGCAGCGAGCCACAACCUUAGCGGAAUUCCCAAGUACCCUUUCCAACAAUAAUUCCGGCAUUUCUACAUUGGGAGGAGCCACGAACAGAGCACUCGAAGAGGACUAGCAAUAACAAUGCAACUAAUAAAGACCAUACUACAAGUAAUUUCAAGCAAUAAGUGUUAAAUAUGCACCUAAUUUGAAUUAACAUCAAAUUUUCCUUUUUAAAACAAAAAGUUUAAGUAAUGUAGUUGAUAUUUUGUGAAAUAUGCAGCAAUAAAUUAUAAUUAUAAAUAUAGUGUAUUCAAAA